AUGUCGUUUAAAUUGCCGCCAUUGCCUUAUGGGCUCAAGGAUCUUGUACCUCACCUAAGUGAAGAAACUUUGACGUAUCACUACACCAAACAUCACGCUGGUUACGUUAAUAAACUCAAUGGAUUGGUUAACGGUACAGCGUUAGAAAACAAAUCACUUGAAGAUAUAGUUUGUAAUAACUAUUUAUAUGUGUUAGAUUUAUUGAAAACUGAGUCUGGAGCUGUUUUUAACAACGCUGCUCAAGUUUGGAAUCACACCUUUUAUUGGCAUUCAAUGUCACCAAGCGGUGGUGGAGAGCCUCGCGGGACUGUGCGAAAGCUUUUGGACGAGAAGUUUGGAUCCUUUGACAACUUUAAGAAGGAGUUUUCAAGUGUUCUCGUUGGCCAUUUCGGUUCUGGUUGGGGCUGGCUCGUACUCAAAUCUGAUGGAACUCCCGAAGUCGUACAAACUCAUGAUGCCGGGAAUCCACUACGUUAUAUUUAUGGAAUAUGUUGUAGUGAUAAUACUGGAACACCGUUAUUAGCAUGUGAUGUAUGGGAGCACGCUUAUUACGUCGAUUAUAGAAACGACAGGGCAUCAUACGUUAAUGGUACUCCUUGUUUUCAUUCAUUUCCUCAACGAAUACUAUGA